ACUCUUCUGCAUUGUAAAGGUAAAAGUUGUGUACUGGAAAUCAGCUGAUAAAUGAUAAAAACAAACGUUUACAUUGGGGUGAUUGCAGCUCUUAUGAUAAAUGAUGGUUUACAUCUUAUCACAAACUGAGGACACAUUCACUUAGUGAAGUACAUUUGCCACUGAUAAAGUGUGUGUCACUGUGUGUAUGUUUUGGACUAGGGGGUUGCAACUGUACUAUAGGAUUGGGAGAAAUUAAUGACAAUGAGUUUUGAUUCAAGUACAGAAGAUCCUAUGGAUUACCUUAAACCAAAGUCCAUGGAUAAGGAACCCCUUCUGGGGAGAAUAACACAUGCAAGUGCACCCCCAGGUUUUGGAAGUCGGCAUGUUUUAGCUUUGUGGGGAUUCUUAGGAUUCUUUAAUGUUUACUGUUUACGUGUAAAUCUGAGUGUUGCCUUAGUUGCUAUGGUAAACUCCUCAAAAAGUGAUUCUUUGGAUAAUAGUACAGAUUGUAAAAAUGACAUUCCUGCCAAUACAUCCUCAACUAGUACUGGUGAAUUUGAUUGGGAUACAAACACCCAGUCCCUAGUACUGGGGGCCUUUUUCUAUGGUUACAUCCUGACCCAGAUUCCUGGAGGGUGGCUGGCGGAGGUGUUUGGGGGUAAAAAGCUGUUUGGACUGGGAGUCCUGUGUACAGCUGUUCUAACCUUAUUGACCCCCCUGGCAGCUCGGUGGAACUUGUAUGUCUUCAUUGCUCUCAGAAUUGUAGAAGGAAUUGGAGAGGGAGUGACUUUUCCAGCCAUGAAUGCCAUGUGGGGGAAAUGGGCUCCUCUCUGGGAGCGAAGUAAACUACUGAGCUUUACAUAUGCUGGGGCCCAGUUAGGGACUGUGUUCUCCAUGCCUAUCUCUGGGAUCCUGUGUAACUCGGACUUUUUAGGUGGCUGGCCAUCUGUAUUUUACGUGUUUGGUGCUAUUGGCUGUGUGUGGUUUGUUAUUUGGAUGCUGGUUGUACAUGACACCCCUGCUGAACAUCCACGGAUAUCAAGGGAGGAGAGAAAUUACAUAGAGGCCUCUGUAGGAACAAGACUAAAACUGAAGACCCCCUGGCUGGCUAUAUGGACCUCCCCUGCUGUGUAUGCUAUCUGUGCUGCCCAUUUUUCAAACAACUGGGGAUUUUACACUAUGCUAACCUGUUUACCUAGCUAUAUGAAAAGGAUUCUUCAUUUUGAUGUGCAACAGGAUGGAUUUCUGUCUGCUUUGCCUUAUUUGGUUUGCUGGAUAUGUCAGAUGUCAUCAGGACAAAUUGCUGACUUCAUAAGACGGAAUAACUAUCUAAGUACCGCUGCUACAAGAAAACUUGUCAACUCAUGUGGUUUACUUUUACCUGCAAUCCUUCUGUGUUGUGUCCAGUUUGCUGGUUGUGAUCAUGCUGCAGUGGUUGUCAUAGUAACAUUUGCUGUAGGGAUGGGUGGUCUUUGUAUGGGCGGAUUUAACUGUAACCACAUUGACAUAGCUUCCAAUUUCUCAGGUACACUGAUGGGGAUCACCAACAUGUUUGCCACGAUUCCGGGAUUCCUGGGUCCCGCUGUAGUAGGAGUACUCACCAAACAUAAGGAUACUAGAGGCCAGUGGCAGAUAGUGUUCUAUAUCUCGGCAGCUAUUUACGUGACAGGGUGUGUAAUCUUUAAUGUGUUCGCGCGGGGAGAGGAGCAGUCCUGGAAUGUACCAGAGCAAUCAGUGUUAGUAUUUAAAGGGAAAACAAUUAACGAGAAGGAUGAAUCAGACAGCAGUAGGGACAGUAUAACAGCCAACGUCCAGACAUAUUGACGACGGCUUCAUCAUAGGACGAUAAAGGACAACGUCCAAUUAUACUGACUCGACACAACUUCAUUGUAUUUAAAAUUAUCGUUUAAAAUUUGAAGUGCAAUAUCAAGAAUGAAGCUGAUAGUUCAAUUCUGUUAUCCUUGUGAAAGUGGAUAUAAAGGUUGAAUAUACAUGUAAAUAUUAUACAUUUAUUGCGUGAUUUCGAGAGCAACAUGCGUUUUGUCGGACCUAAGAACCAAACUGUCUGCCUGAGACUGUUAGGUGUCUGGUUCAGCUUGUAAAAAAAGUGCCACAGAUGCACAAUUGGACAUUGUGAUUUGGUUUAAGUGUAAUUUGUUAUAUUCAUUUAUAAUAAGUUUGCAAUAUAUUUUAAAGACAGGGGGAAUGUAAACCACUUGGCUUUAAUAGUAUAUUCACCAUAAGUUUUGUUACAAGCAUGUUUUACUGUAAUGUAAAAGUAUAAUUAAGAAUUCUUUCAGACUUUCUGUAUACUCAGGUCCACAUGAUCUCUACCUCCAUUGAGGCACUGAGUAUGUGUCCUUCACUAACUGUGAUAGAAACAUGUUGUUUUUGUUUCAUGUCAUUGACAUUGUUCAUAGAAGUUGCAAACUGAUUUUCAGCUGUUAAAUUGAUGUGUGCGUCAGUGCAUGUAUGAUUAUUUUUGCAAGACAACUGCAGAGUAACUUCCCCUUUUGGUAUAUUUUUGAUGUUGAGUGAUUUUUAUUAGUCUAAAAGAACUGAUAACAGCUCCUGCAAAUAAAAUGUAAUUUACCUUAGUUACCGGGUAUUUUUGUCACUUAGUUA